AUGUCAUCGGCUGAGCUAGAGGUUUUGGAAUGUCUGAACGGGCACAAGGACGAGGUCAAGGGGCUGAGGGUUGUGCGGGUAUCUGGAAAGGAGAUUCUGUAUUCUUCUUCGAAGGACAAGAAGGUUUUCAGCUGGGACUUGAACAGCAAGAUUGAAUCUGAGUUUGGUAAGAUAUUGAAGCUGUAUGAAGGGGGGCACACGAAAAGAAUUAACGGGCUUGAUGUGUCGAAGGACGGAAGCAUGAUGGUGACAGUUGGGUCUGACGGGAUAGGAAGGAUGUGGGACACCGAGAUUAAGAAGUCGAGGCCACUCGAGGGGCACAGCAGAGAUGUAUUGUGUGUGAGCAUCAACAGCAACGACACGAAGAUAGUCACUGGGUCUGUGGAUAGGACGAUGAAUCUCUACAACACGAGGGGAGAGCUUAUUAUAAAGAUAGGGAAGGAUACGGAGAAGAUGCACCGGGGAUGGAUCAAUUGUGUUUCGUUCCAUCCCAUUGAGGAGAACAUUCUUGCAAGUGGAUCUGCAGACGGUACUGUGAAGAUCUGGGACCUCGACAGCCAGGAGCACAUGCAGACGUACCUAGGAGGGGUGUAUGUUGAUUAUGAGAAAGCAAGGGAGAAGAAGACCUCGCCUGCUGACUAUGAUGAGUCAAAGAGUGUGACUGCGAUGGCCUUUUCGAAGGAUGGGUCUAUCCUAACAUACGGAGAGAAGAGUGGGAAGGUGUAUCUUGUGAAGCUUGACACCAAGGAGUGUAUCCAGAGUCUUGAUGCAAUUACGCCUGUCAGGUCGAUUGCGGUUGGAGAAACCGAGCCUGUGAUUGCAAUAGGGACUGAUGAGUCUGUGAUUAUCUGGGAGACGAUCAGCUCGAGGAUUAUUGCAAGCUACAACCUCAAGGAGAUUGGAAAUGGGGUGCGAUGUCUAUCUCUGGCGUUUUCUGGAAACACGCUCUACUGCGGGCUGUCGACCGGAUCCAUUGUUCCGCUGGAGCUUAGAAAAUCGGAUUAA